AAAAUUUUAUGAAUAAUAAAACUGAAUACACUAAUGUUGAUCCUUUUUUCAAAGAGUUUGAUGAUGAGCUUUUACAAAUUAAUGUUGAAGAGGUAAGUAUAAAGAUGAAUAAUGAACUGGCAGUAGAAAAAUUUUUCGAUAUUAGAACUUUUGAACUGAAUCAAGAAGAAAAAGUUAAAAAAAAUUCGAAUACAUAUUCUCAAAGGCAUAUUACUAGCAUUGACAAAGAUUGGUCAAUUGAAGAUAUUUUUUCCUUAUCUUAG